AUGACUGACAUAUCGCGAUUGAAACGGCAACGGGGUUACAUUCAAGCCACCGUAACGAAUUUGAAGAAAUAUCCUGACCAAGCCGAUGUAGCUCCCUCCGCUCAUAAUCUACAUCUCAUACAAUCUAUGCUAGAUACCGCGGUAAAGGCAUUUGAAAAAUUUUCAUCUAUCCAAAAUAGUCUAGAGGAGUUGGACGAAAAAAAAAUUGAUAAUCGGAUAGCAUAUGUUCAGAAUUACACUGUUGAACGUGCACGUGCACUUAAACUGAUCGACGAAUUAGGUUCAGCUCCGGUUAAUAUCGUUAAUCAACCGCAGCCUGUUGCGACGACAGUGAUUGAAACCAAGACCGCAGUCACACUACCCUCCUUUGAUGGAACUCCGGAAAAAUGGACCGCAUUUUACGGAUUGUUUUCAACAUUAAUUGACCAAGAGAAUCUUCCGAAUCUCAAAAAGUUAAAUUACCUCCGAGCAUCAUUAGCCGGAAAAGCAGCAAGAACAAUUGAGUCGUUGGAACUUACCGACGGAAACUAUGCGGUCGCGUUGAAAAUCCUGAAAGAAAAAUAUGAAAAUGUACGUCGUAUGACACAACGUCAUUGGGCUAUUUUGCGAGAGUAUCCAGGAUUAGCAAAAGACACUCCAGCGGCUAUCAAUGAUCUCAUAGAUGUUUUUUCUCAGCAUACGCGAGCGUUAGAGAAUUUAAAGGUACCAGUAUCAUUUUGGGAUAUACCAUUAAUAGACUUAAUACUCUCUAAACUAAAUUCUAAUACGGCCUGGCAGUGGGAAUUGACUUCAAACGAUCAAACAAUUCCUGCGUAUCAAGAUUUAUUAAAAUUUUUGGGUAGAAGAGCUAACUGUGCUGACACUAUGCAACAAUCAGCGGAAAGAAACCUCGCGAUCCCACCCUCAAAGUCUUUUUACUCACUCUAA